AUGCAAGUAGAACCUUAUAUAAAUUCGGUUUUGAAAUUACAAGAUUUCAGCACUCUAACAAAUGCAAAACUUAAUAGAAGAAAGCAGUAAAAUAUCAUAUAAGAAAAUGAUGGACUCACAGUGAAAUAUUCACCUAACACAAAUACUCUCGAACUUGCAAGCUUGUAAAAAGAACUAAGCUAUCUCUUCCUCAUUCUAUUAUUUUGAAGUUAAAAUCCUAAAAAAAGUAAACUCUAAGAAGUAUUUUAUAAUAAAUAAAUUUAGUUUAAUAUCUAUUGGAUUGGCAUUUAAUAAUUGUUAAAUCAAUCAAACUUUGGGUUUUUUUGGGGGGAGUAUAGAAUAUUAUUCAGAUGGAAAAGUAGUUAUCAAAAAACAAGAGAUUGAUUAAAAAAUGAAAUCCAUACAAAUAAGAUGA